AUGUCCAUCGCCAAGCCGCACGUCCGCGACGUGCUCAAGGGCAAGUACCCCGCCAAGACGCACGCGCGGCGCGUCGCGGACUGGAUCCGGGAGAAGGGCGCCAAGGACGGGAUUGUGUAUCUGGAGGGGCAGAAGACGCGCAUGAACGAGGACAAUGACCAGGAGCAGCCGUUCCGCCAGCGCCGCUACUUCUACUACUUGUCCGGCUGCGAGGUCCCGGAUUGCUCGCUUGCCUAUGAUAUGAAGAAUGAUAGGACCACGCUGUUUGUCCCCCCGAUUGAUCCUGAUGAGGUUAUUUGGUCCGGCUUGCCGUUGAGUACGCAGGAGGCUUUGGAGAGGUAUGAGAUUGAUGACUGCAAGACGUCCGCCGAGGUCAAUGCGUACCUUUCCAGCUCUGAUACUCCCAAGUCGAUUGUCUACGCCAUCAACAACCAAGUCUCCGACAACGUCACCUUCCUCCCCUUCAACGAAGCCAACAUGGAUCUUUUGAAGACGGGUAUCGAGGAGUGCCGCGUGGUCAAGACCCCCUACGAGAUCGCGCUCAUCACGCACGCCAACACCGUCUCGACCGCCGCGCACACGGCCGUCAUGGCCGCCGCCAAGUCCGCCACCAACGAGCGUGAGCUCGAGGCCAUCUUCCUCAAGACGUGCGUCGAGCGCGGCUGCCGCAACCAAGCGUACAGCUCCAUUGUCGCGGGCGGCACCAGCGCCGCAACGCUGCACUACGUGCGCAACGACCAGCCGCUCACGGGUAAGCUGAACCUGCUCGUCGACGCGGGCGCGGAAAAGGACUGCUACGCGUCGGACAUCACGCGCACGUACCCCAUCAACGGCAAGUUCACACCCGAGAGCCGCGCCAUCUACGACAUCGUGCUCGGGAUGCAGAAGGAGGCGAUCAGCGGGCUCAAGGCAGGCAUCAAAUGGGACGACGUGCACGCGCAGGCGCACCGGAGCGCCAUCGCGGGGCUGCUGCACCUCGGGAUCCUCAAGGGCGACGCCGACGCCAUCUUCGCGGCCCGCACGAGCGUCGCGUUUUUCCCGCACGGCCUGGGCCACUACCUGGGCAUGGACACGCACGACUCGGGCGGCCGCGCCAACUACGCCGACAAGGACACCAUGUUCCGCUAUCUGCGGGUGCGGGGCACGGUGCCCGCGGGGGCGGUCGUGACGGUCGAGCCCGGCAUCUACUUCUGCCGCUUCAUCAUCGAGCCGUACCUGAAGGACGCGAAGCACAAGGCGUUUAUUGACGAGGCGGUGCUGGAGAAGUACUGGGAGGUUGGCGGCGUGCGCAUCGAGGACAACAUUCUGGUCACCGAGGACGGGUAUGAGAAUUUGACGGAUACGCCCAAGGAGGCCGCCGAGGUCGAGGGCAUUAUCGUCGGCUGA